AUGUCUGCAGCUCUCAAACUAUCCAACAGUUCUAAAUUGCAGGUUUCAGAGUUCAUCUUGAUGGGAAUUCCAGGCAUUCACAACUGGCAGCACUGGCUUUCUUUGCCCUUGGCACCACUCUACCUUGUGGCAAUUGGUGCCAACCUCCUCAUUCUCAUCACCAUCUGCCAGGACUCUGCUCUGCAACAACCCAUGUACUAUUUCCUAGGCAUCCUUUCUGUAGUAGACAUGGGCCUGGCCACCACCAUCGUGCCCAAGAUUCUGGCCAUCUUCUGGUUUAACUCUAAUGCCAUUAGUCUCCCUGAGUGUUUUGCUCAGAUCUAUGCCAUUCACUGCUUUGUUGGCAUGGAGUCUGGUAUUUUCCUUUGCAUGGCUUUUGAUAGGUAUGUAGCUAUUUGCCAUCCUCUUCGCUACCCAGCCAUCGUGACCAAUACCUUCGUCAUAAAAGUUACCUUGUUCAUGGUGCUCAGAAAUGGCUUCUUAGUCAUCCCAGUGCCUGUUCUUGCGGCCCAGCGUAACUACUGCUCCAGGAACGAGAUUGACCAUUGCUUGUGCUCCAACCUUGGAGUCACAAGCCUGGCUUGUGAUGACAGAAGGCCAAAUAGUAUUUGCCAAUUAGUUCUGGCAUGGGUUUGUAUGGGGAGUGAUCUCAGUCUUAUUAUAUUGUCAUAUAUAUUGAUCCUGCGCUCUGUACUUAGACUGAAUUCAGCUGAAGCUGCAUCGAAGGCUUUCAGCACGUGUAGCUCCCAUCUCAUCCUCAUCCUUUUUUUCUACACAGUCAUUGUUGUCAUUUCAGUAACUCACCUGACAGAGACCAAGGCCACUCUAAUCCCAGUUCUACUCAAUGUACUACACAACAUCAUUCCCCCUGCCUUAAACCCCAUGGUCUAUGCACUUAGAACCAAAGAGCUAAGGGCAGGUUUCCAAAAGGUGCUUUUGGGGGGCUUUGGAGAGAAAUAA